GUGACGGAUGCGGGAAGUUCACAGGUUUUCCCUAUUCACCGAGUUCUCCACGUAAGACAUUUUGCUUCUUGCCUUGCAAGGCUGAGAACCGAAAACCAGCUCUGGAUAAAAGUUUUUAAGACGACACACUGAAGGAAAGGUGUAAGUGGAGAACUCUGGAAUGCUUUGAGUACUUCUGGCUUCUUUUUUCCUGAAGUGAACAACGACGUCUGGUAGUUUUUAUCCAGAUUUUUCAUCCGUGGUAGGAGAGGUUUGGAAAGAGGGGUACGAUGCAGGCGCGCUACCCCGUGUCCAGUCCAAGCCCUCUAGGCGUAGUGCCUUACAUCACCGGAGAGCAGGGUUUUUAUCGAGCUGCGGCCGGUGGAGGAUAUACCGGUAUGCCUGCGCCUAUGAGUAUGUACUCUCAUGCCGCGCACGAGCAGUAUCCCAGUGGGAUGGCGCGCGCCUAUGGGCCAUACGCCCCUGCGCAACAGCCCAAGGACAUGGUGAAGCCUCCAUACAGCUACAUUGCGCUGAUCACAAUGGCUAUACAGAACUCAGCCGAUAAAAAGAUCACGUUGAAUGGGAUCUAUCAGUUUAUCAUGGAGCGUUUUCCAUUUUACCGGGACAAUAAGCAAGGCUGGCAGAAUAGCAUACGACAUAAUCUAUCACUAAAUGAGUGCUUCGUCAAAGUCCCGCGAGAUGAUAAGAAGCCAGGUAAAGGCAGCUACUGGACCCUAGACCCGGACUCGUAUAAUAUGUUUGAAAACGGCAGCUUCUUGCGACGAAGGCGCCGCUUCAAGAAGAAGGAUGUGGUGAAGGAUAAAGAGGAUCGGGAAAGACAGGGCAAGGAAACCCCGGGACAAGCAUGCGAGCAAGAAUCACAGCAGCCGGUGAAGCUCCGGGAAAUCAAGACGGAGAACGGGGCCUGCACGCCUCCGCAUGACAGCACUCCACCCCUCAGUACGGUGCCUAAAACUGAAAGUCCGGAGAGGAGCGGUGGAAGUGCGUGUAGCGGGAGUCCCCAAACGCAAACACCACAACAAGGUUUUAGUAUGGAUACAAUCAUGGCAGGACUUCGAGGGUCCCCGCAGCACGGGGCAGAGCUCCCGGCCUCUCGAGCUGCUCUACCAGGCUCAGUAUCUCUGACCUACUCGCCAUCACCGCAGCCUGCACAUUACAGUCCACCCUGCGGCCAGCCCGCCACUUAUCACUGCAAUAUGCAAGCGACGAGCCUUUACACGGGGGACCGGGGCCACGAGGAUGACACUUUACCGGAAUACACAAACACAACAAGCGCCUCCUCUAUCUCACAUCCCCUUCAGAGCUCGAGUCAGGACAGCCAGCACUUGCAGCAGAACCGGCUCGCACCCUGGUACCUCAAUCAGUCCGGAGAGCUGGGACACCUGAGCGCAAGCUAUCCAGCGCAGCAGCAGAACUUUCAUGCGGUGCGCGAGAUGUUCGAGACGCAGCGGAUAGCGCUGAACGGCUCGCCUGUGACCGGAAGCAAUAGCUGUCAAAUGGCUUUCCCGUCCAGUCAGCCACUCUACAGGGCUUCCGGAGCCUUUGUAUACGACUGCAGCAAGUUCUGACCAAAAGUUUUAUGAAUUUCAAAAUUGUUUAAUAUAUAUUUGUAUUUCCCAUGUGUUUUUGUAAUUUAAGGACACAUUUAGGCAGUGAACUCGGGGUAAUAAGCGAGUUGUUUGUUGGUAAGUAAAAUAAUUACGCUGUGGUCGUGUGACUGCACAUAACCAUUCGCUCCCUGCUUGUCAAAAUGGACAAAAAGUAGAAUUCAAGUAAAGUUUGUUAAUUUAUUUCAUGUUAUAGCAGGUGGACCAUCUUUGUAAGAAAAUGUCUUUAGCUAUUUAUAAUCAAUUCAUUACAAAAAGGUAACGAGUGUACCACCGAGUUACUCUUUUUCACAUAUUUUGUUUUUAAAUAUCCAAAGUUAUUAUUUGUUAAAUAAAUUGUCGUUUUUUGGA